CUUGCCGCAAACAGCGAUAAGAAUGACUCACUCGGUCGUCCAGUUAAGUCCAUCGAAAAGUGAAUCAACUCAGUGCCAAACAAACCAAAUUUAUCCAGAAUGGCGAAAGUUGAAAGCAUCAGCAGAAAUGGCUCUGCUGAACAAUUUAGGCACUGCAUUACGGGACAACCAGCUGGAUGCAUUCGAAGCUGCCCUCCGGGAUCGAUUACCACUCUUAGAACAACUAUACGCAGAAUUAAACACAAACGAUAGCGUUAAGUUACCCGAUCGGAACACGCGAGAAGUGCUCAAAAAUAGGAAACUUAAAAAAUUCUUCGGUGAUAUGUGCUCCAAAGAAGGAAACGGUGCAUUCAUUCGGGUGUUUGCGCAGUUUCUGCCGUUUGCGAAUGAGGUAAUCCAGCAACUGCAGAACCAACAUCCGAUUCAUCUAGCGAUACAAGCUCUGGCAUUCAAAAAUGCCGAGGAACUGCUGAACAUGUCCGAUUUGGAUGUGAAUGCCCUGUGGAAGAAGCAAACGCCGCUCAUGCUGCUGUUUAAAGUUUUCACCUCGCAGAACUACGACCAAAUCCGGCGCCUCGUGAAGCUUCUAGCGACCAAAUGUGCCGAUGUCAAUUUGGGCGACCACAAAUCUCACCCACUGUCGGUUUUGGUCCUGGCGGAAAAAGUAGAACGGUGGCGAAAGCGAGAACUGUUGGAGUUUUGUUUGCAGAACUUCGACGCUGAUGUUGAUAGCUUCUAUGGAGGACAGCCUCGGAAGGAUAUCGAGGCGCAAUUUGAUGAUUUGAAUAUCAUUAGGAAGCGGGCGAAAGUAACCGUCGGGUUGCUGAACACAUUCUUGGUGGAAGGGAAAGAAGCGGAGUUUUUGGCGAUGUUCGAUGACUAUUACAAAGAUGCGAAUGGUAAAAAUAAUUUGGAGGAUGUUUACGAGCUGUUACGUCAGGCAGCAAUCAAAGGUAGAGAUCGAUGUGUAGGGAGAGUAUUCACAAAAUUAACCUUCGAAUCGCAACCAUUUGACCCUUGCCUUUACCCAGAUCGACUUGCAAGAGUAUUGAAAAUUGUUUGCACAAAAGGAUAUCCAAAAGUGCUGGAAUUGUUUCUUAAGCACAUCAAAGAUAUUCAAUUUCUGAACGCUGAUGUACUUCUCACGAUAUGUGUGCGAAAUGUUGGCAAGCGGAAGAAUCAAGGAACGAUAAAAUGCUUUGAUUUACUUCUGAGCGAUCGAAGAAUUGACGUUGAAAAACGUGAUCAUUUAGGGCAAACAGCACUGCAUUUUGCAGUGCAGCUCUGUCUCAAUGAAAUGGCGUUGAAGAUCAUGGUUAAUCGAUCGCCUUAUUUGGGACAAUUGAACCGAUUCAACACGUCACCAUUACAUUCUAUGAAUCCGGUAGUUCUUCAAAGCUAUCUUGAUGCAUGUAUCUCAUUGCGAGAUCUUCGAUCGGAAGAUAUCGGACAGGAAAUUCAUAUAGACAUGCGAGGUUUUGUGCCACCCGAGGUUAAACAACAGACGAUCGAAUACAAGAAAAGAAGAGCUAAACGGAGUGAUCUCUUGUCCUCGGAUUUGCUCACUAGAAAAGUCAGCAAAGAGAUUGAUUGCUUCCGUUACAUUGCGCAAUCCAGGGAAUUGAGGAAACUUCUCAGACAUCCAUCAAUCAGUGCCUUCCUGUUCGUCAAAUGGCUUCAAUUGCGGUACAUAAUAUACGCGAAGCUAGUGUUAAGUAUAGUGUUUUUCAUCUCAUUAAGCGCCUACGCAAUGCCUACAGAUGCAAACCACCAGAUUAUUCACACUUUCUGUACUUUCUCGUUUAUUUUGUAUUUUUUCCUGAGGGAAACUGUCAGUAUUCUAAAUCUUAAACUGCUUUACUUUCGUUCAUUUGAGAACUGCAUUGAGUUUACGGUAUCUAUGCUUUCACUGCCAUGUUUAGUUACUUCCAAUAAAGUUCUUCUGUCCACGGUGGUUCUACUGUCAGGAAUCGACAUAGUAUGCAAUAUUGGGUCCCUCCCAUUCCCGUCACUGUCUACGAGUAUCGUGAUGCUCGAGACCGUUAGCAUGAACUUCCUCAAAAAUUUCCUCGUCUACGCAGUAAUACUAGUGGCAUUUGGAUUCAGUUUCUUUAUUCUGUUUGUACCUGAUAACAGUGCGACUCGAGCACUUGAUACUGAAGAUGCCCAAUGCCCUGCUGACGCGUUCAAUGGUUUCAAUAGUCUGGGAAUGUCUCUCUUAAAAUCGAUUGUUAUGCUAACCGGAGAGUUCGAAGCAGCCUCAAUCGACUUCAGCUCAAACGGUGCCAGUUCUAUAUUGUUCAUCAGCUUCGUUUUUCUGGUUUCACUCGUGAUUGCAAAUUUAAUCAACGGGCUCGCUGUUAGCGACAUCACGGAAAUCCGUCAAGAAGCUGAGCUGGUAGCAUUGAUGAAAAAAGUUGAAAUCCUAGCACGUUACGAGCAAGGAGACAACAGAUACAAGUUCUUCAAGGGAAAAGUGUCGUUUUUUGCCUCCCACGAACCAACACUGAUCAUUAGACCUCGAGAGAAUAACAAAAUUUUAGUCAAUCGUUGUUCGGCGCGAGACCAGGAAGAGUUUAGGCUCACUCCAAGCUCUGCUGGACGGAAAACUAUAGGCCUCAAAGCGUUUCGCAAGUGGCCACUUUCCAGCUGGUUGCGGGAACGACUUAAUCUCGAUAGUUACCACGGACUGGAUUCGGCGAUUUGCAGUACCGCCAGAGAUAUAGUUUUUAAUCGACAUGAACAUCCUGGAAUUUUCGAACAAUGUGAACAACGUCUUGCGAGGCUUGAGGAUAAGGUUGAUAGAUUGGUUGAGAUGCUGGGAGGGCACCAGAAAGCUGCACCCGACGCAAAUGUAACAACCAGAGCCAGGAAGAGAUGGAAUAAAGCAACUACUUUAGUUGGUGUUCGGUGUUUUUCACCGAAAUCGAAAAAUGAUAAUCCGUGAUGUAAACAAGAUCAACAACGGCGCGAGAACUUUGUGUGUGUAGUUUAAUGUGAUAGCUCAUCUACAUAGAAUUACAUUUCCUUUCUAUAAUUAAAAAAAAAAAAAAUCUCUCACAAACCAGUUGAACGAAUCCUUAAACAGGCAUGAACCACUUUGUCGCUUUCAAUCAGGAUCUCGUGAAAAAAUGCAGCACCAUAACCGCUUUGAAUAAAAAUGAUAACGACAUUCGACGCGCGACAAAAAGAUGUUAACUGUGUUGGUGUUACUACACUUAAGUAAAGCAUUUGAUUCUAUAAAUCAUAUAUUACUUUGCAAAAAAAACGUGUUACUAUUUUAUGAUGCAUGAAUCUGCUGUUUCGUUGAUAAUAAGCUAUUUGUCGAACCGCUCUCAAUAUGUUCAUUUCAACGAUACGAAAUCUGAUAUUGCUCAAGUUGAAAGUGAUGUACCGCUAUGAC